CGCUCUUGCUAUGUCCACUGCGCUCACAAAUCUUCAAGCACUUAGGCAAGCGCGCGAGUUUGCAGACGGUAAACAAUUAUAGAGACGUCCAGAGUCAUGUUGCUGCUUUUCCUGACCUUUUCCGUGGGGUUGGCCCUUGCAGGAAGUUCGAACAGCAAUGUUGUGUGUACUGCACCAUUCAGGGCCAUAGGGCCCCGCUGCCUUCUUAUAGACACCGCUAUCAUCGGCCCCUGGGACGAAGUUCGUCAGUUCUGCCACGGGAUCAAAGGAGAACUAGUGAACAUGCACGAUGCAAACACCCUUCACGACAUUUUCCUCUUCAUCAAGGAGAAUCCCAUUCUCGAUUCGGAGAGUUACUGGAUCGGUUCUUACGACAUCCUGGACGAGGGCAAAUGGGUAUGGUCUUACAACAACACAAGAGUCCACAUGAACACGCCCCUGUGGGGUGUUCAGGCAGGGCACCAGGAGCCAACGGGAGGCACCUACGAAAACUGCGCCGUCCUCAAUACAGAAUACUUUUACUACGUUUUCGAUGAAAACUGCGAUGCAUCGAAUGCGGCAAUUUGUGCUGCUACCAAUAAUGACGUUGCGGAAAAGCCUGUAGAUGAAGACAAGAAGAUUAGUUCACCGAACAGAGAGUGUCCUCCGCCCUUCACCAUGAUCGGCAAUCUCUGUCUCCUGGUCGAUGCAGUGAAAGAAAACCCCUGGUCUGACCAACAGACGAUCUGCAAUGCCCUCGGAGGUCACAUGGCCAAGAUAGAGGAUGCCAAUGACUUGGGCGAUCUCUACGACUAUCUCAUCAGCAACGAGGUGAACGUCGACUUAUGGCUCGGAGGCUCUGACUAUAUAUUGGAAGACACGUGGGUGUGGGAAGAUGGCGCCAGUGUUCCCAUGGGUACGCCCUUUUGGGGAGCGGCGAGUAGUUCAGUACAGGAGCCUGCCGGAGGCCUCUAUGAGAACUGCCUCGCCCUCGCCAGGGAUGACUUCUUCUUCUUCCACGAUGACCAGUGUGACCGCGGGAAAGGAGUUCUUUGCCAGUAUGAUAUCUAGCAAGCUUUGGCUUUCUUUCUUUCCGUUUUUUCGUUUCGCACGAAAGGAAUGGCAUUACAUUAAUUGUGAAGAAAAUGUCUUCAAUUUUGUGCCUGUUAAAUGAGUAGAUAUGCAGCAUAUUGUAUGUAUUAAACAACUAAACGACA